UAAACUGAGAUAUGUAUUUGUUGUCAAUGUUGUCAUACAUGAGCAGCUGAAAAUCAAGGAAAACUAGUGUGAUAAAUCUCGAAAAGUGGCAGAAGCCAUAUUUCUCGUGAGUUUUUGUGGUUUAUGAUAUCUAUUAAGACAAUAAAUUCAUAAUCCCGUAUUUAUGAAAAUUGGAAAAUGUCGUCUCCAAGCGCAGGAAAGAGACGUUUGGACACAGAUGUUAUCAAGCUUAUUGAAAGUAAACAUGAAGUAACAAUACUAGGUGGACUAAAUGAGUUUUGUGUCAAGUUUCAUGGACCUAGAGGAACACCAUAUGAAGGAGGAGUUUGGAAAGUAAGAGUGCAUUUGCCAGAGCAUUACCCUUUCAAAUCCCCUAGUAUUGGUUUUAUGAACAGAGUGUAUCAUCCUAAUAUUGAUGAAGUAUCUGGAACAGUCUGUUUAGACGUUAUAAACCAAGCAUGGACAGCUUUAUAUGAUUUAUCGAAUAUCUUUGAAUCAUUUCUUCCUCAAUUAUUAACCUAUCCUAAUCCAAUAGAUCCUUUGAAUGGAGAUGCUGCUGCCAUGUAUCUACACAAACCUGAGGAUUAUAAGAAAAAAGUUUCAGAAUAUGUUAGAAAAUAUGCAACAGAAGAAGCGUUGAGAGGGCAAGAAAAUGUUAGUUCUGACAGUGAAUCAAGUAUGUCAGAUUUUUCUGAAAAUGAAGCGGAAGAUAUGGAGUUAUAACGUAUGCUCUAUGGGAGACAACUGUUCGCUCAAUAUCUCCAUAUAAAUUUAUAUUUUUUGAUUACAUGUGAUGUGCUUACAAGGGUGUUUUUUGAAUGUUUAUAUCUUUUACAUUUUUAGAGUUUAUUUAAAUGAUAUUAGAAUUUGAUUUCAAAAUUUCAUCCAUUUUUUUGACUAUAUGGAUAUCACAAUCAUAUUAUCCUCAAUCAGAGUUGAUUUUAAUAAUUUGAUUAUUGAUAAUCUUACUUUUUUGACAAUUUAAUCUUUACAUUGAAUUUUGAUCCAAUUGAUUCAUUUUAUUAUUGGAAUUCUUUUAUAAUGUUCUUAAAAUGUGGAUGUAUGUGUGUAUAUUUUGUUUUCAAUAUUAAUUUAAUUUGUUGGGACUUAAGAUCUCAUUGCACGAUUGUAUUCGCCUUAGUACCUUGCGCAAAGCAUUUGCAUAAUUUUAAUCCAAACGGUUUUCAUGUAAUAUCUAAGUUAUUAUUUCCAGGAAUAUCAUGAUAAUCACUAUCUGCAAAUAUUUCUUGUUCUUUUUUAAUUCUUCCCUUCCUUAAAUUGGUACCUCAAACAUAAUCUGAUUCCAAACUGAUGGCAAGAUGAGAAAAAAAUAUUGGUUUAAAUUUUAUUUGAUUAUGUAUUUUAAGGCAAGCCAAUGAUUAUUCAAAGAAUCACCUGAUUUCAGUAACACCUGCAAAUUGUCUAUAUUUUCAUACAUAUUACUGGAAGUAAUUACAAAUCCUGAGAUUCAUUGGAAGAUUAUUAUUUUUCCUUUGAUUAUGGUAUAGUAUCUCAUUAUUCUAAGUCACUAGAAAUUAAAAAUGUUUAUUCCUAGAAAUCAACAUGCAUGCAGUACUAAUUUGAUCAUCUUGCUUAUUUGAAUUGAAUGUUUGAUGUAAAUAUAAUUAAAAUUCCCUAUAUGAAAAGGAGCUACGAUAUGAAAGAUGUUAUUUUCAGUACUGCAUAAUGUUCAUAUUUAAGAAAAGAAGGUAAUAUGUAAUUUACUCUGAACUAUAACUAUUGUUUGAAAACAAAUGCAUGAUAAUUUUUGUCCACUGGUUAUUUCAAUUUUAUGACAAUUGUACUCCAGAUAAUAAGAAUUUUUUCUAAGAUUGAGCUAAAUUUUGAAUUCUAAUCUGUUGAAGUAGUAUAUGUAAUUUAAUGAGAUUUUUCUGUGAUUCAUUUAAUGUAUUGAUGUUCAGCAUGCAGUUUUAUAGUAUGAUUCAGUUUAAAGUCAAGUUGAGUAUUCAAUUUUUAUCAGUUAGCUUGAUAAAUCUAACACUGAGUUAAUAAAAACAUUGCAUUUAUAUUUUAUAAAAGCGCCUUCAAAAAUUGAAAAUCUUCGAACUAGUAAUUUUAAUGAAAGUGAAAAUCAGUGCAAUAAACAAAAACAACUAAAAUUGAAUUGAAACUUGGCAAGCUAAGGAAAAAUUGAAAUUUUUAAAUGAUUGAUUGAACUAUUUCUCAAAUCAGCAAACGUUCUAAAUCGACUAAUAUGUACAAAUAUCAGAUCAUCAUUAAUUUUUGACGAACGUCUUUCGAAUACAAUUUUUUUUAAUUGUUCAUCAAAAUCAAUUUUUUUUUAUGUUAUUCAUAUUUAUAAAAUUUUUCUAAAUCUGCAUUUUAAGUUUUUCACUAUUAUCUGUUUGGGUUAAAUUCUUUCAAUCAUUUUUCAAAUGGAUUGUUUUUUACUAACAUAAUUAAAUUACGAUGUUUUUUAUCAACUUUUGCAUCACGUUUUGCUGUCAUUUCUGUUAUUGAUCAAAAAAAUAUUUAAUCAAAAUACUCAACACAAAAAUAUCUCAGUAUGUUAACUGUAGUAGUCCUGAAAUGUUACUACAAAUGAUUGUUGUGUUCUUAAAAUCAACAGCAUUUCUGGAUAUAUGGCUAUAUCCAGAAAUGCUGUUGAUUGCUGGUCAAGUACCAUCAGGCGCAUACAUUGUAUAAACGAUAACUCUAAACUGAAGAGCUUCUAUCUCCAGCAUUUCUGGAUAUAGCCGUAUAUCCAGAAAUGCUGUUGAUUUCUGGUCUUAAAUGCUGGUCAAGUACCAUCAGGCGCAAAAAUUUUAUAAACGAUAACUCUAAAAUGAAGAGCUUCUAUCUCUGAUGCUCUGCAAUAACUUGUAUUCAAUUUUCUAAUUCUUGGAUUAAUACAUUUAGAAUUAUGGAUUAAUUUUUAAUGAUUAGGAAUUUGUACAAAGUAAUUUAACAGUUUAUACAAUUAACGUUACUUUUAGUGAAUAAUAUUGUAGUUUUAAAA